UGCUAUUUGUUUGGUUCAGAUUAAAAUUAUAUAUAGUUCUUGAAUAUUUAAUAUAAAACACGGUGCUCAAAUAAUAUCAGAAUAUAUUCAAUUUGAUUGUGUCGGACUAUAAAAAAAUGUCGAACAAAACGGUACAGUGCCUUUUUAUCCUGAGUGUCUUGACACCUGCGGUAAUACCUCAAAUACCACCAUUACCUUCAUGCCCCUGCUCGUUUUCCUCUGGAGAUGAAUGGAUGACCGCAGAUUGCAGUAACAAUUCCGGCUUUGAUGUCAAGUGCUUGCCUUGGUUGCCUCGGCUUGAAUCCUUGUCUCUUGCCGGAACUGAACUUGCGGAAGUGCCAGAAGAACUUAAUUCGAAGGGGUUCGAGAACAUUACGCACCUGGACCUCUCAAAUAACAGAAUUUCCAAUCUGCCAAGCUGGAAGUUCGCUGCAAUGCCCCGCUUGCAGAGUCUGAAUUUAAGCCAUAAUCACAUCUGGAUACUUCCCAAUGAUGCGUGCCGAAUACCAUCCGUCGAUUUAAGUUACAACAAUCUGACCGAUAUGUCCAACCUGGUCAGCAUCUUCAAAACCAAAGCGAGGAUUACAGGCAAUCCGAUUCGGUGUGCCUGCAAUUCGACCAUCGCAAAGAGAUUCUUUGCAAAGCCAACUAUCUCCAACCUGGAAGCUAUCGAUUGCAUUAUGCCUGGCUUUGAGGUGGCCAAACCUCUUGCGACCCAGUGCAACCAGCAAUACAACGAAGAGCAGUUCCCAUCAAAUGGGAUAAUCCCCAUUUAUCUUUUCAUAUUUCUUUUCAUAUUUGCUGUGGGCAUAUUUUGGGUGUGUGAGAGAGACCGCAUUUCGGUUAGAAAUUUCUAUAGCCGUUAAAUGA